GCAGAUUUUUAGCACAAACACAAAUCAAAGUCUUUGUGUUCUUAAAAGCAGCAUUUUCAUGAUGAACUAAGAAAUUUCAAGCUUUGAAACAUAAAUAUUUGGAACACUCAGAAGAACAUGGCAGAAAAUGAGAAAAGAAUUAAAACCCAUAGAAUAAGAUGUCUUUCCAAGAUGAAGAUGUUUCUGUUGGCAAUAACAUGUGCAUUUGUAUCCAAAACACUAUCUGGAUCUUAUAUGAAUUCCAUGCUCACACAAAUAGAGAGACAAUUCAACAUUCCUACAUCUCUAGUUGGAUUUAUUAAUGGGAGCUUUGAGAUUGGAAAUCUUUUGUUGAUUAUCUUUGUGAGUUAUUUUGGAACCAAAUUACAUAGACCUAUACUGAUUGGUGUUGGAUGUGUGGUUAUGGGUCUAGGGUGUUUCUUACAAUCUCUACCUCAUUUCCUCAUGGAGAGAUAUGAAUAUGAAUCUACAGUUUCAGUUUCAGGCAAUUUGUCCUCAAACAGUUUCUUGUGUAUGGAAAAUGGAACCCAGAUUAUCAGACCAACAGAAGAUCCAUCAGAGUGUGUGAAAGAAGUUAAAUCAUUAAUGUGGAUGUAUGUACUAGUAGGCAAUAUUAUACGUGGAAUUGGUGAAACUCCCAUCAUGCCUUUGGGUAUUUCUUACAUAGAAGAUUUUGCCAAAUCUGAAAACUCUCCUUUAUAUAUUGGGUUUGUAGAAACGGGAGCUAUCAUUGGUCCUUUGUUUGGACUUUCAUUAGCAUCAUUCUGUGCCAAUGUUUAUGUUGACACUGGAUCUGUGAACACAGAUGAUCUGACCAUAACUCCCACUGAUACUCGUUGGGUUGGUGCAUGGUGGUUUGGCUUUUUGAUCUGUGCAGGAGUGAAUGUGCUCACUGCCAUUCCAUUUUUCUUUUUGCCCAAAUGGCUUCCAAAGGAAGGACUAAAGAGUAAUGCAGACAUCAUUAAAAAUGACAAAGAAGAGAAACAAAGAGAAGAGGUCAAGAAGAAAAAGGAUGGAAUCACUAAAGAUUUUUUGCCAUUCAUGAAAAGUCUUUUAUGCAACCCAGUUUACAUGCUUUUCAUACUAAUAAGUAUUAUACAGUUCAAUGCAUUUGUUAAUAUGUUCACCUUCAUGCCCAAAUAUCUGGAACAGCAACACGGAAAAUCAGCUUCAGAUGUAAUCUUUCUAAUUGGUAUUUAUAACUUACCUCCAAUAUGCAUUGGAUAUAUAGCUGGUGGUUUAAUUAUGAAGAAAUUCAAGAUUACUGUCAAACAAGCUGCCCACAUAGCAUGUUGGUUAUCUUUAACUGAAUAUCUUCUUCAUUUUUUGUGUUUUCUCAUGAUCUGUGAUAAUUCUUCAGUUGCUGGCAUAACCACCACUUAUAAUGGAAUGCAACAAGAUUUAUAUAUGGAAAACGCCAUUCUUGCUGACUGUAAUAGGGAUUGCAACUGUCCAACUAAAACAUGGGAUCCUGUGUGUGGAAACAAUGGUGUUUCAUAUAUGUCAGCUUGUCUUGCUGGUUGUGAGACAUCCGUUGGAGCAGGAAUAAACAUGGUAUUCCAAAAUUGUAGCUGCAUUCAAACAUCAGGAAAUUCAUCUGCAGUUCUUGGGCUGUGUGACAAAGGACAUGACUGUUCCAUGAUGCUCCAGUACUUUUUAAUCUUGUCAGCAAUUGGCAGUUUCAUUUAUUCUUUAUCUGCCAUACCUGGAUAUAUGGUUCUCCUAAGGUGUAUCAAGCCUGAAGAGAAGUCUCUUGGUGUGGGGUUACAUACAUUUUGCACAAGAGUAUUUGCUGGAAUUCCUGCACCUAUAUAUUUUGGAGCUUUAGUGGAUUCCACAUGUUUACACUGGGGAACUUUGAAAUGUGGUGAGUCAGGAGCAUGCAGGAUAUAUGAUUCAGCCAAUUUCAGAUACAUCUACCUUGGUUUGCCAGCAGCUCUAAGAGGAUUAAGCUAUAUCCCAGCCUUUUUAAUCCUAAAUAUUUUGAAGAAUCGUCAUCUACCUGGUGAAAAUGCCUCUUCAGGAACUAUGCUUACAGAGGCAAAAACUACAAAGAAGGAAAAUGAGUGUAAAGAUAUGGACCAAAAUUCCAAAGUUUUGAAUGAUAAUGAGUUGAAAACUAAAUUGUAAUGCCCUAUUAUAUCAUGCUUCCCAGAGUUGUGGAAUACACUUAUAACCAAACUGCUUUGAAAAUCAAUAGGGGUAAGUGCGUAACUUUUUCUUAUCUUUAUGAACCUCAAUUUUUUUUUUUACCCAAGAUAAAAAAAUGUUCACUGAUGGUAUUUCUGAGACAUCCACGGCACUUGAAAUUUUCCUCAGAGGACAUUUAUAACAACCUUUAAAACAGGAUAUUAGACCCAGUUUUAUUUUUUAUGUUAAAAUAGCAAUUUCUCUUUUAACUCAUGUGAAAUAAGGGUAUAUAUCCCAUAUCUUUUCCAAUUGAUCUUAAAAAUUUCCUAUUAGGAAAAUCUGUUUAAUUUCAUUGAAUUUCUGCUUUGUUAUUGGGGUUAGAGACUG